AGCUGCCACCUCUGCAAAACAGUUCUCAGUUCUCACAAAAGGGACAAGAGUGAUCAGAGAGAGAGUGUUUAAAGUAAUAGCUUGUAGAUUCUGAGGUGCUCCAUCGAUGGAUCCCGACCCCUUCACGGCGAGUUUGUUCAAGUGGGACCCGCGAGGGAUGGUCCCACCUCCGAACAGGCUGCUGGAAGCGGUGGCGCCACCACCACAACCAGCAGCAGUAGCUACGACAGCGGUAUACCAGGUGCGGCCGAGGGAGCUGGGAGGCCUGGAGGACUUGUUCCAGGCUUACGGGAUCCGAUACUACACGGCGGAGAGGAUAGCAGAGCUUGGGUUCACGGUGAGCACGCUGUUGGACAUGAAGGAAGAGGAGCUGGACGACAUGAUGAACAGCCUCUCUCAGAUAUUCAGGUGGAAUCUCCUCGUGGGGGAGAGGUACGGUAUCAAAGCUGCAGUUAGAGCCGAGCGAAGACGCCUUGAUGAGGAGGAGUCUCGCCGGCGCCACCCGCUCUCCGCCGACACCACCACCAACGCUCUUGAUGCUCUCUCCCAAGAAGGGCUUUCCGAAGAGCCGGUGCAACAUGAAAAGGAGGCUGUAGGAAGCGGCGGAGGUGGGACGUGGGAGGCGGUCGGGGUGGGCGAGAGGAGGAAACAGCAGCGGAGGAAGGGCCAGAGGAAACUUGUGGACGUUUACCAUGAUGACAACGAGGGCGCGGAAGACGAUGACAUUAAUGGUAAUGGCGGUGGAGGUGAGAGACAGCGGGAGCACCCCUUCAUUGUGACAGAGCCCGGUGAGGUGGCACGUGGAAAAAAGAACGGCCUUGAUUACCUCUUCCAUCUCUACGAGCAGUGCCGUGAUUUCUUGAUCCAGGUCCAGAACAUUGCCAAGGAGCGCGGUGAAAAAUGCCCUACCAAGGUGACAAAUCAAGUGUUCAGGUAUGCGAAGAAGGCUGGAGCGAGCUACAUUAACAAGCCGAAAAUGCGACACUAUGUGCAUUGCUACGCGCUGCACUGCGUCGACGAGGAAGCAUCCAAUGCACUGAGAAGAGCUUUCAAGGAAAGAGGAGAAAAUGUCGGGGCGUGGAGGCAGGCAUGCUACAAGCCUCUGGUGGACAUUGCAGCACGCCAAGGGUGGGACAUUGACGCCAUUUUCAAUGCACAUCCCCGUCUAUCCAUUUGGUAUGUUCCAACCAAACUCCGUCAACUUUGUCACGCUGAGCGAAACAAUGCCGCAGCUUCCAGCUCUGUGUCUGUGUCUGGUGGGGGUGGGGCUGAUGAUCACAUGCCCUUCUAUAUAAAACACACUGCCUCAGCUGACUAA